AUGGCGCGCUCUCGCAUUCUCUGGCGUUUCUUACCCUUUAGCCGCACGGCGACGCCGCUGCAGGCUACGACGUAUCUCCUCGGGAUCGCGCUCUUCAGCAUUUCCUUCCUCGUCUUCCUCAACUCGGCCGUCUCGUUCGUUAUCACGGACCUGCUGGGCGUGAAGACAGGCGUCGGCGAUAUCGUCGGUACCCUGGGCUUCGUCGACGAGGUCGUUGCGCUUGUGGCUUGCCCGGCUUGGGGCCUGGUUAGCGAUCGUUUGGGCGUGCGCUGGGUCGCCGUCCUGGGGUACGGGAUUAUUGCGAUUAGUCUGUUCUGCUUCGUCCAGGCCCGCGAUGUCUAUCCUAGUUUGAUCAUUGCGCGGAUUGCGUUUGCGCUGGGCGCUACGGCCGCGGCGACUAUGGUUACGGCUAUUUUGCCUGUGCUCACGAAUGACGAAAAGGUGGAUGCGGAUGGAGAGGAUAGUUAUGAUGGAGAGGACGGAGAGAAUGGGGGUUCUGUAAGUGCUGGUAGUGUGGGCUCGAGUCGGAAGUCGAGUCAUCAUCAGAGGGAUAGCGUGGCUAUGAGUCUUGAGAGCGACGCCACGAUUACCCCGGAGAUAUUUACCCAGAACUUAUCGCGUAAUCGGAGGGACAGCGAUGAUUCGGGGGACUCCUCUGACACAUAUGGUAGCGUUGAGAGUAAAGGUGGCAGACCAUCAGCUCUCGCAGGAUAUGUAGGCUUGUUUACAGGCUGCGGGGCUUUGGUCGCUCUAUCUCUUUUCCUACCACUACCGACCCGAUUUUCCAGGAAAGAGGGCGUUACGCCCGCUCAGGCCAUCACGCAUAGCUUCUAUGUCGUUGGCGCCGUCGCAUUAGUCGUAGCCGUCUUCGUAUUCUUCGGCCUCCGCGGUCUACACGGCGAGGAAGGCAAGGGCUGGCGCAUGCUUCUUAAUUUACGCAGGCCGCAGGACGCCGCGGGAUCCAAUGGUUCCCCUACAGGGAUUUCUUCUUCAUCACCUAGACCGCUACCCUACCGUAAGCUUUUGAUCUCAUCGCUUCGUCUCGGUGCGACAGACCCGCAUAUUGCACUAGGAUACUUGGGGGGCUUCGUGGCGCGCGCGAGCACUGUCGCCAUCUCGCUUUUCAUACCGCUCUACGUAAACGCAUUCUUCAUUGGCAACGGGUACUGCCGUGGUUCACCGAAUGACCCGUCGCCCGACCUCAAAAAGGAAUGUCGCGCCGCGUAUGUCUUAGCCUCGAUUUUGACCGGUGUCGCGCAGCUUGCCGCCCUACUGUGCGCGCCUAUAUUUGGGUAUGUCAGCAGGAAGAGCGACGGGGUCAAUCUACCCCUUGUAUUCGCCUCGCUACUUGGUGUUGUGGGAUGGAUCGCCCUCCCGCGACUCCAGAGCCCCGAGUACGCAAAUGUAAGCGACCGUGGCGGAAGCCCGGUUGUCUUUUUGGUGAUGAUACUUGUUGGCAUUAGCCAGAUCGGUGCCAUUGUGUGUAGUCUAGGGUCCCUGGGUCGUGGCGUUCUAGCUGCCGAUGUCCCUGCUAUAUCUAAUGACGAGGAAGGGAAUGGGAUCUCGCACUCCAACGACGCAGAGACGGACGCCCUAUUAGGGCAGGAUGCUGGUGGAAGCAGCAGCAGUAAUAUUAGUCCCCGACGAAAGGAAAGGACACCGGUAUCCCGCGUGCAACUUAAGGGCUCUAUCGCGGGCGUAUACUCGUGGUGCGGCGGCGCUGCGAUUCUACUCCUGACUAAACUUGGGGGCUACCUGUUCGACGUGGCGUCUCGCGGGGCCCCGUUCUACAUGAUGGCUAUAUUUAACGGCAUACUGUUUGUCGCGAGCAUAGCCAUUGGGAUCGUCGUGAGGAGACGUAGAAGUACGAGUAGGUCGUCGAGUUCUUGA